AUGAUCAGUGUGUACCAGUUGCCACCAAUGCUCCUGUUUUUCAUCUUUCCCCCCAAGUCGAGAUACACGCGAAACAACUUCUUAACUGCUCACGGCACAAAACGCCUGGUCUUCCACGGAGUCCACGUCGCUCUCAUGCGCCACCACUUGCGCUAGAACGGCCUCCUCCGUCGCGCACUUUUCUUUGGUGUGGCCCCACCCCUCGCAGCGCGCACACCACGGCACGAAGUCCUUCUCGUUGGUAGUGCAGCCGAUCGCUUGAUGUCCACGAUGUCCACACCUAAAGCACCGGCCCGGGAACUUAUAGUCCCCGCCACCGCCGCCAUCGGCGCCUCCACUGCUGCUUCCCUUGCUCUCCUCGACUCCUCCGGAUCCGCCUGAGCGGCCGCCGCGACCGCCGCCGCCGCCGCCGCGACCGCCUCCGCCGCGGCCACGACUGCUGCUGCGGCCACGGCCGCCGCCACGACCACGACCUUGCCCCUGACUCCUACUUGAGUACCGCUCCCUGCGGCCCUCACCGUCGGCGAAGUACGCUUGCUCUGCGCCCUUCGCCCCUUUUCCUUUCCCCUGCUCCAGCUUGUCCUUGAUCGCCUUGUAUUCGAUCAUUACUUCCUUUAGCAUACCGGUGCGCGUCAACUCCUUCGCGUGUCGCAGGUUGUGCUUUGUCAUGGCAUACUCGUCCGAAAGGGCAUCCAAGAAGAGGUGAAGGACGAACGUUUCGUUGACAGUUAGUCCUUUCUCGGUUAAGGACUUUGCGGUUUGGAGCAUCUCAUUUAGGGCGUUUUGGGGGUUUUCACCUCUAGAGAUCUUGGUCGACGUCAGGGACUUGAGGUCCUCUGACGGCUGUACAGAUGAUUCAGGGUCGUGUAUGGUCUUGAGCUCACGAAGAGCUCCCUGGGGCGUCUCUGCCCUCUUCAUGAUUUUCCGAUCUUUUUCUUUCAACGCGUGAGACAGGAAGUUCCACGCGUGGAAUGCGAGCUCUACUUGCUCGCUCCGGUACUGCUGUGACAGCGAAAACUUGCUCUUUCUGCUGUUGACGGGGAUCUCCAAGCUUCCGCUCUCUUCAAAUUGUUCCUCCAACAGGUUUGCGCCGUUAGCUGCCAUGCGGAAAUCAUUUAGCCAUUCGUUGAAAUCUUUCGAUUUCCCGCUGAACGGAGGAGAAGUGUACCGCACACUUUGGUACCCCGUCGCUGGGGUUGUGGCUCCGUAUCCAAAGCCAACAGCAGCACCACCAUCUCCCAUGGCACUACUAUAAUCUUGGUUGUGAGCAGCGGCU